UAAGCCCCGCCCCCUGGUGCAUUUCUGUGGGAAGAAGCAGCCGCGGUUGAAGGAUGGCCUCACCAAGGACGAUCACCAUUGUGGCCCUUUCUUUUGCUCUGGGUUUAUUUUUCGUCUUCAUGGGGACCAUUAAACUCACUCCGAGGCUAAGCAAAGAUGCGUAUAAUGAAAUGAAACGGGCAUACAAGAGCUAUGCCAAAGCACUGCCUGGUCUGAAAAUCGGUAUCAGCUCAGUCCUGCUUCGUAAGAUCAUUGGCUCUCUGGAGGUGGGCUGUGGCGUCGUACUCACCCUGGUGCCGGGCAGACCAAAGGAUGUGGCCAACUUCUUGCUGCUGCUGGUCAUGUUGGCGGUCCUCUUUUUCCACCAGCUUGUCGGAGACCCUCUGAAGCGAUACGCCCACGCUCUAGUCUUUGGCAUUCUGCUCACCUGCCGACUGCUAAUUGCCCGUCAGGGUGAUGACAGGCCAGAGAGAGAGGACAGUAGGGAAGAAAUGCACAUUAACGAUCAGGAAAAGAACAAGGUCAAGCAGUCCUAGGCCCCUCCUUCACUUUGGUCCAAACUGCAGUGACUGGGAAACUUGUGAACAUAUGGAUUGUUAAAAUUAAAAAUUUUGAAGGUGAUCACUUCCAGUAAUAAUGUCCCUCGCAUAUCAUCCGUCCCAUCCAGCCACUGAGUGAUUUUACCAUUUACUGUACUACUAUGUACUCUUAUUGUGAAAUUCAGAAUCCUUCUUCCAUCCAUCUGUCCAUGCAUAACUGCGGACAAACAAACCUGUGAAAAGCUCAGCUCUCUGUCAAUAGUUCAUCCUGUCGACCUUUUCUCGACCAUAUUUAUUUCAUCAUUCAGUGUCUCAAAUGUUGGCGUUUUUGUUUUUGCUCAUAUAUGAAUUUCAUCUCAGCUGCACGUUAAUGUGAAGCUUGUUUUUUAUACUGUAGGAAUAACUGAUAUUAAUUACAAUGUUUUAAUUCAAGCAUGUUAUUUAGUUACCAAAACCACAAUCUUCACUGUUGAUUUUUAUUUAAUACAAAGAGUAUUUAUUGAACGUUCACUUCUCAUUACAAAGCAGUGUUAGCUUAAAAUUUGAAAAAAAGAAUAAUUACUUAUUGGUCACUGUUGGACCUCAACAAAAAUACACAUAGAAUCCUUUUCCUCAAAAUAAAAUUAUGUUUCUGCUGCUAGCCUGUGUGGCAGAACAUUACCACAUAAAAAAAAGCAUUUGCCUGUUAAAGAUACAAUUUUGUGUUUUGCUACUUCAUAGCUAGAGUCUUAAACAAAAUACUCACGAAAAUAUGACUUUGGGGGUUGCCCCCCCCAAAAAAAAACAACCUUGAGGAUAUUGCUUUUUUCAUUUGGAUUAGAUUAAUAUGCUAUCAGUGUAUUUUGGGAUUUGCAAUAUUUCUGUAAAUGAUAUACUUAAAUAAAGAAUCUGAGGUGAGACU